GGCCGCCGCACUGCGCAUGCGCACACCCUGAGUUAUCCCGGCUCUGGCCGCUGCCUGUAGCCAGUAGUGAGAGCAGGAGGCAGAGAGGGAACCGGAGCAGCAGCAGCAGCAGUGCCGGGCGCAUCAUCCAUAGCGGGACCCGGGCUCCUCCAUCUCCCAAGCACGGAUCAUAGCCAGCCCCCUGACCAUUGCUGGAGUGUGUGCCCCGCUAAUCACCCCUGGAUUGGGGUCCCGUCUCUCUCAUCUGAUCCGGGCUUGUGUUCUUGUCUCUCCCGAUUGCAGCCCCCUGCCCCUGUGCCGGGUGAUGGACUGGGAGCAGCGCACACGCUGACAUACACCCGAGUGGGGCCAGGAGAGGCUGUGUGCUACCUGAGGGCGCUCACCGCUUAUUCCAGGGGAUUUACUGGAAGCCUUCUGCGGGGUCUGGGACUGUCAGUGCGGAAUACCCACCUCCCAAACCUGCCCCCUUUCUCACUGCCAGCAGCUGGCGCAACAUCCCCCCGGCAGGAGAGGGGUACACACAGGAUCUGCUAUUGGGGUACAGGGUGGCUCUAGCGCUUGUAGUCCAGAAGGAGCCCGAAUUAACCACUUGUUGGAGCUGCACUUCCCCAGGGAUUACACCCGGACCCUCUCCCCUGAUUUACGGGGUCUCCCAAUAACUGGGGCGCACACUUGCAUUUUGGAUUUAUUCUCACUCGGAUUAUCAAGUUGUCCCGCACCGCAGCUAUAACAUGGGGAAGAAAUCCUUUGGACUCUUAAUUACAUCAGGAGGUUUUGGGGUAACCGGGAGAGCGAUGAUUUCCAACUAUCUUCUGGUUCUCCUCCUUGCCCUGUCCUGUAUCUCUCAUGUGAUGGUGGACGCAAGUUCAUGGUGGUCACUGGCAAUGAACCCUGUCCAGCUCCCAGAGGUGUACAUUAUUGGGGCGCAGCCCCUCUGCAGCCAGCUCUCCGGGCUCUCUCAGGGGCAGAAGAAGCUGUGUCAGCUCUAUCAGGACCACAUGCAAUAUAUCGGGGAGGGAGCAAAGACUGGGAUCAAGGAAUGCCAGUACCAGUUCAGGCACAGGAGGUGGAACUGCAGCACAGUGGACAACACUUCAGUGUUUGGUAGAGUUAUGCAGAUCGGGAGCAGAGAGACUGCAUUCACUUAUGCAAUCAGCGCUGCAGGAGUAGUGAAUGCAGUGAGCCGAGCGUGCAGAGAGGGGGAGCUCUCAACCUGCGGCUGCAGCCGGGCAGCACGGCCUAAGGAUCUACCCCGGGACUGGUUGUGGGGUGGCUGCGGGGAUAAUCUAGAUUAUGGCUACAGAUUUGCCAAGGAAUUUGUGGAUGCCAGGGAACGAGAAAAAAUCUACCAAAAAGGAUCAUAUGACAGUGCCAGGACUCUGAUGAAUCUGCACAACAAUGAGGCUGGAAGAAGGGCUGUAAGUACUUUGGCGGAUGUUGCCUGCAAAUGCCAUGGAGUAUCUGGCUCAUGUAGUUUGAAGACGUGUUGGCUACAACUAGCCGACUUCCGCAAGGUGGGAGACCUUUUAAAGGAGAAAUACGAUAGUGCGGCAGCAAUGAAACUCAACAGCCGAGGGAAGCUGGUGCAGGUGAACAACAAGUUCAAUUCCCCCACCACGAACGAUCUGGUUUACAUCGACCCAAGUCCGGAUUAUUGUGUUCGCAAUGAAAGUACUGGGUCUUUAGGGACCCAGGGAAGGCUGUGCAAUAAGACGUCAGAGGGCAUGGAUGGCUGUGAGCUUAUGUGCUGCGGAAGGGGUUAUGAUCAGUUUAAAACAGUACAGACUGAGAGAUGCCACUGCAAAUUUCACUGGUGCUGUUACGUGAAAUGCAAGAAAUGCACCGAGAUUGUUGACCAGUUUGUAUGCAAGUAAGACACAAAGCGAAUGACUAUGAACGAUAUUAAAUAUCUGCUUUAAUUUAUAGAGGUCACUUAGGAGUUGCAAGCAGACAGCAACUGGAUCCAUUUCUAUCCUAUCACUACCGCUCUCCGAGGAAAAAAAAGAAAAGAAUACGUAAUGAAAAAAGAAAUGAACUGAAAAUAUUUAUUUACAGAAAUAAAGACUUUUUAAAAGUAUAUAAUUAGAUAAACUAUGUCCGAAGUGCACGGGAAAUAGAACAUGUAUAGUAGGUAAAGACAAGUUUAUAUGAAUGAGAGAGUGAAACCCAACAUAUGGAUGAACACAGACAAGUUUUUUUUUUUUUUACAUUUGUGUUUGUUUUAAAGGUUGUGUUUAGUGGUUUGUGAAGAGCUCACUCCUAAAAUGCUCCAAAGUCUGCCCAUUAUAGGCAGAAGUUUCUUAUUCUCUGGUGACAUUAUAUUUUCAUACUAGGAACUACUAUUCAUUGUGUGGUACCUCUUGAGAUCAUGGAAUUGCACUUUGUCUUGCGCAUAAAGUCUUAUGUUCAGUUUCAAAUGUUCAUACUCCUGAACAGACAAGCUACCAAUAAUUUUUUUUACACAAAUCAUAUUUUGACAAAAAAACACAAACCAAAGUAUUCCUCCUACUCGCCACACUUCCACUAUUCUUAAAAAGAAUAAAUAAAGUUUGCUAAUUAAUAGAAGAAAAACAAAAUUAGUGAAAAAAAUCACCUGUUUAGUUGGGUCAUCUUGAUUUUGUAACUUUUCCAGUCUUCAAGUUAAAUAUGUCAUCUGUCUGACCCUGAUACACAGCUGCACAUAACUUAAAUAUUUUUUAAAAUUCAUAUCUCUUACUGUAUUUAGAUUAAGAUAUUUAAAGUUCCACAUUUUUUUAUGAGCUAAAGCCAUUUUAAUAAUGCAAAAUCAUACUAUGCAGUUUUUAAGAAAUCAUACUUUACAUAAUAUUAAUACUAUACACUAAACUUUACAUACAAUAUGAUUACAUUUAUGGGAAAUUGUGGUCUAAUGUUUUCUAUUUCAAAGCUUUUGUGACUAUAUGUAUAUAUCCCUAAAUACUGCCUGUAAUUAAAUGUAUGUAUUUAUUUACACAUUUAUUUAGGUGACUUUUCCUUUAUUUUUUUAUUUCAAAUCAACAAAUUGAAUCUUAUUUUAAAAAUCUUUUUCGACAUUUUGUAUGGGUAUAAAUUACAGAAUCUUUCUUAUUGGUGUCAGGUUUCAAAGGGGUUGUUCUGAAAACUUUUUAAAGCACAUAUUGAUAAAUGGUUCAUGGGCUGUAAGAUAAAUCAGAGAAUCAGAGGUACUAAGGGUGGGUUUCACUAUAUAUAAUGCACUUGAAGCCAUUUUUUUUCCACAAUAUCCUUACCUUCAUUUGUAAGGGAAUUACUAACAUGAAUUUUUACUAAACUCCAAAAAAUAACCCAGAUUUUUUUAAAUAAAAUAUCCCCAAAAAACCUUGUAAAAAUCUUAUUUAAAAUAUAAAACUUUUUUAAUUCAAAUAUUUUUGAAGUCACACAACAGAAUUUGUUUUCCAAUACAUUACAGCUGUUAAGAUAUAUAUAUUUUUUAUAAAUAAUUCACACUUCCAUGCCAUAUUGUAAAAUUAUUGUUACUAUCGAUUUGAUUCCCUUACAGUGGUUGAAAUAUCUUAAUUUAUUAUACAUGCAUAACAUACUGUUUUUAGAAAAUUACAAGAAUGAUAAAUUACAGUAAGCACUAAAUUAAAUAUUUUGGAUUUAUUAUGCAAAAUCUAUUUUUAUAUAUUUUUUUGACAGCAAGAUUUUUUUUCUUGAAUGAUUUGUUUUAAGGACAAAGCAAAUUUACCAAACCAGACUAUACAUUUGAGUUAUUUAAUGUAAGAUAUUUUACUUGUCAUCAAGAAAUGUAAAUCUGUUUUUUUUCUGUGUGUUGUACAUGUAAUGUACAUAUUUUGCAGCCCUACAUGAUUUGUAUAUUUCUAUGGCUUAAAAAGGAUUCCAACAAAAGGUACAUGGCAUAUGCCACAAAGAAAGACAGAUUACAAAAUAAAAAGUUGGUUUGUUAUUAUAAA